AUGGCAACAUUGUGGGAGCAGGGUGCAGCUGACAGACAGGUGGUGAUCGAUGCAGGAGCCGCCAUUCGUCUGAAGCGAUUAGAACGCUUCGGAGGGGAGCUCCUCACAACGAGUGGGGUUUAUGCCGAGGUGCGAGACGAGCAUGCAAGAGCCCUUCUGCAGACGCUGCCCGUUGAGCUGAAGGUCCUGGAGCCUCGACCAGAGGACAUUGUCUUUGCAAAGCAAUUUUCCAAGGCCACAGGUGACUUUGGCUUUUUGUCUACGAACGACCUCGAUUUGAUUGCACUCACCGUGCGGCUGCACCGCGAGGCACAUUUGUCCCUCAAAGACCGACCUGCAGCGCUGGAGACUCGCAGCGAAGGACGUGCCGUUCCGUUUGAUUGGGGUCCACAGCGUGCCCCUGCAACGACCUCCACCGAUGCAGGUGGUGUGCAGCAGCCUGCGACAGAAGAGGAUGCGCAAGGCGACGAUGGUUGGGCUGUAGCACGUGGACGUCGUACGAGGGGGGCAAGGGCGGGAGGUCUGAAGAGUGAUGGACAGCGAGCAGCAGAGCUUCCACAGUCUGUCGAGGACGCCCGUCCAGACGAGGAAGCGAAGACCAUGACCCCUCCGGAUCAGACGACCACGACGGCCCCAUCUGUUGACACCGAGGGCGGUGGCAUCCCAAAGUCAGACGACGAGCAAGCCGUUCGCGAGACGCAGGAUGCCGGGGAUGCUGGGGCAGAGCUGCAGGAGGAUGGGGACCUAAGUGAAGAUGGAAGUAGUGCCGGCGAGUGGGUCACAGAGGAGAACAUGCACAGAUUUGGGAUUGGUAUCCAACCGAAAGCUGACCUGCGUGUCACUUGUGCAACGGCCGACUACUCCGUGCAGAAUGUACUGCUGCAAAUGGGAAUUACUCCGCUGACCUUUGACGGCUAUGCGGUGAAAAGCGUCAAACUGUGGGGCCUGAUUUGCAGGGCAUGUGGCCAUUUCCAUCGGGACUCAUCGAAGGUGUUUUGCCCAAAGUGUGGCAAUGACACGGUCGUGCGAGUCCCGAUCGUUGUGGAUGAGGACGGUGUUCCUACCGUGGUCAAUUCUGGGAGGAAGCUCAGGACAAAGGGUACGGUGUUCUCCAUGCCCAAGCCGCAAAGUGGCAGGGUGUGGAAGCCGAUUUUCGCAGAGGACAGAGUGUGA